UCUUCUUCACAAGUCUGCACGUUCGCCACAUUUCCAAACGCGGAACGUAUUAAAAUGUUAAUAUUUUUCGGUGUAAUGUAUUUGUCAGCUUUUGUAACAGCAAAUGAAUAUGGCAAAAAGAGUUUUACCAUUGUAUUAGAUACUACAAUUUCGAUGCGUGAAGAAAUAGAUAUUAUAAAAUCAAACAUUGAAUCAGUCGUGAAGACCCCAUUGUUUGAUAUAGAUAACUACAUUUUGGUACCUUUCGAUGAUCCCGGUUGCGGACCUCCUAUUAUUUUAAAAACACCUAGCAAACUUGUUGAAGUAGUAAAUAUAGUUGAAGUCAGUGGUGGCAACGAAUGUCCAGAGAAUUCACUGCCCGCGAUAGAGCAAGCAUUGACAGCCAGUAAAGCAAAUUCAAUGAUAUUUGUAUUCACCGAUGGAUAUGCAAGCAAUAAUAGUAAAUUAAACUCUAUCGAAAAUUUGUGCCGGAGCACAAACAGUCAGGUCAUAAUUUUACUGAGUGGAAAAUGUGUACCCAGUGGUACGAAGACUGUUGUCGGUACAAUUGAUGCAUAUUUUGACGUUGCCAAGGCUUGUUCCGGUUCUGUUAUUCAACUUCAGCUGAAUAAUUUUCGACAGGUAUUUAGAAUGAUAAAAGAAAUAUCCAAAACAGAUUGGACUGAGAUUGUGGCUAAUAAAGUUGGACCAGAGCAGUUUACAAUUUCAAUUGAUGGUUACACAAAAGACGUGGUUAUGACAGUCACUGGCGAGUACCCGAAUUUAGAAAUUCUGGACGACAAUGGCCAAACUCCUGUAAUAGAUCGAAUAGUUAACACGUUGCAUUCUAAGGUUAUACGAUUAAUUUCACCAACUGUUGGAAUAUAUACUGUGAAAAUAUUCUGCCAAGGGAAAACACUGGUAACAAUUUAUAAAAGAAGAGAAGUAAACUUUCGAUUAGGUUUUUCACCUAAAUUGGCAAGAAGCAUGAAGGAGACUACGAAUUUACCUCUACCAGGCAAGAUCAAUUACAUAUCCAUCGCAAUAGCCGAAAUAUCAAUUGAAUUGAAAUCGAUUUAUAUAAAAUUGAACGGUCGCCAUGUCAAGAAGGUGGAUGUUGAAAUUGUCGAUAGAAGUUUAGGUUUAUAUUCGGCGCAGGAAUACUUCGAACCUGAGACAUCUUUUAAAAUUACAAUUUACGGUCACGAUCAAUCCUAUCAAGUCAUCAAAGGCUCGACGGGAUCACUAACUACUCAAAAACUGAUUCAAGAACUCCAGUUCCAAAGACCUAAAAUAGAAUGGAUUGAACCGAAAGUGGCGUUAGUGGAGUACAAGGCUAACAUAACCCUUGCCUGUAAAGUGUCCGGCUAUCCCAAGCCAAAUAUCUCGUGGUCCGAUGACACUGGACUAAUAUUCCCGUCAGAGGAUGCUCUACUCGAAACAAGAUCAGUUUUUAUAAGCUACGCAUACAUUGAUAGGAUAACCGAAAACAGCACAAUACAUUGCAAAGCAGAGUCCUCGGAAGGAGAAGAUACUUUGACCAUGUAUCUUUAUGUCAAUAGAACUCUUACAUUUGAAGUUAUAGAAUAUCCACAAGAUGCUACAUUUGAAUACAGCCAAGAGGGUCAGCUGUUUUGUAAAGUCGAUGCAUAUCCAGAUGCAUCCAUACAAUGGUACCACAAUGAUUCGCUAGUUGAAAAUUCAGACAACUUAGAAAUUAUACCCGACCAAAGUAUGCUCUUAUUGAAAAAUAUGACUCCUCAACUGACAGGAGAGUAUAGAUGUGAAAUCAGUAAUAAUGUUCAAAAUGCGAGUUAUACAGCAAUAGUAGAUAUAUCAGGAGUUGAAAUACCAGAAAUAGAAUUAAAGGAUUCUGAGCUCGUAUUACGACUGGACGACUGGGUUAAUGUUGAAUGCACAAUUAACAAAGGUAAACCUGCCCCAAAGGUGAAUUGGAAAUUCAAAACUGAAAACGGUUACGAAGAGAUUCCUGAAGGUGUCAGCGCUGAGGAAAAUCAUCUCAAAAUACCAUCAGUCAAGACCGAACAUAUUGGUAUCUAUAAAUGCGAAGCGGAAAACAUUUUUGGAUCAGAUUCGAAGGAAUUGUUAAUUAAAGUUGAAUAUCCACCGAAAAUAAAGUUUUAUGACAAAUUGAAGAUAGUGAGAUUAGAUGAAGAUGUUGAAUUAUCUUGCGAAGUCGACGCUAUACCAAAAGCUGAAGUAAAAUGGGAAAAGAAACAAGAUGACAUUAUCAUACCUCUUGAUAGUAGACAUGAAACUGAUGAAUGGAACACGCUCAGGUUUACAGCAUCUUCUAUCGACUCUGGCAACUAUUACUGCAUCGCGGAGAACUAUUUAGGAAGAGCGGAACGAAUUGUAACACUGAAUGUUUUGGUUCCCCCGUACAUUGAUCCACCACCACGUAAAAUAGUAACGAUCAGAGCAGGUGAAUCGAUAACUUUACAGUGUCAUGUGCACUACGGUCAUCCUGUACCUUCGACUAAAUGGGAAUUUAUAGCACUAAAUUCAACUCUCACAACUUUAUUGAGGGGAAGUUCUAUAAACGAUCUCACUUUGAAUAAUGUAUCAAAAUCGUACGAGGGAUCGUAUAUUUGUUUGGCAGAAAACAUGGCCGGUUCUGAUACAAUUAAAAUUGAUCUUAAAAUAUUUUAA